CCUUAUCAGCUGAUCUAUUAAUAUUUGCAAGAAGGACGAAUAAACAAAUAAUAUCUAUGUCUCAAUCUCUGGAUUAUACAAAGAAAUAAUAUAAAUAAGAUUUCAAUUGUUUCAUAUUUAAUUGGAGUAUCCCCACAUAUUAUCUUUUGAUACAAAAUGGUGCGUAAGCGCAGUAAUUUGGGUCGUAAAUCACGUAAUGCUAGAAAUGCUGCAGCCCAUAGAGCCGCUCAAAGCGACGAACAGCGCGCAAAGAAAACUUUGGCUGUUCGAAAUGCCAUGGCACGUCUUAGGGCUCUGCGAAAUGCCACUCCACGUCCGUAUGUGCGACGUACGUUGGAUGUGAACUUUGAUUACAUUUCCCAUGGCAAGGUUUCAAAUGAAUCAACGACUACUGGUUGCCCUCAUUGCAAGGCGUUGAAGUUGGAGGAUGGAGUAUGUGAAUUGUGUUGUUCAAGCUCACAAAUUAAAUUACCAGAAUUGAAUCUACCACCAGAGCCCUUGCCGGAAAUGAUAAAAACUGAAAAAAUCGCAUAAAGAUAUGCGAAUAAAAAUAUUUUUCUGAUAGAUAUUUUUUGGUUAUUGCUGUUCAUUUUGUAAUAUAAAACCCAAGGGAGCCAAUAACCGUUACAGUAUUCAACGUUUACAAAAUUUUCAAUUUUAUAUGUUACAACAUUAUAUAUUAAAUAAAUAAAUUAUAACUGUGUAUGAAAAA